UCUCCCCACCCACAACAAGCAACAGAAGAGGCAGACUUUUAUUCAACUGGAGGCUUCCAUCCCGUUUCGCUUGGAGACACUUUCAACUCUGGCACAUACAAAGUGAUGAGAAAACUAGGCUACGGACAAUAUUCUACCGUUUGGUUAGCUAGGGAUUCCAAGGUUCAGAGGUAUGUGGCUCUUAAAAUACUAAGAGCCGAUUGCUACGGUGGCUCGCACGAUAUCUUUGAGCGAGAAAUUCUCUCGAAAUUAUCCGAUAUCUCUAGGAAAAGCAACCAUGGAGGCCGACCCUACGUGUUACCCGUUCUAGAUCAAUUCAAACACGAAGGGCCAAAUGGACAACAUAUUUGCUUUGUGUUCGACGUGUUGGGCCACCACUUGGAUUUUCAAACCGCAAAAUACCGAAAUGGGAGAUUGCCUAUCAAGGCAGUAAGAACUAUAGCGCGACAGCUUCCACUAGGGUUGGAUUUCCUCCAUAGGGAGUGUGGAAUCAUUCAUACCGGUACUACCAUACGUUGCGAACCGCCUCCUACUUAUAAUGAUGACGCUAAUUAUAGUCGACAUACAGAUUUAAAACCUACGAAUAUACUACUCGAGCUGGAAAAUCCGGAACAAACUAUUGAGAAUAUCUAUCUGAAGUUCCUGCACGGGACGCCGCUCAUCUCGAAGAUACGUGAGCCGCACAUCAGAAUAGUUGACUUCGGUGUUGCUUCUUGGUCAGACAAUCAUCUGUCGGAUAUGAUUCAAUCUCCAGCUUUACGAGCACCGGAAGUCACAAUCGGUGCCCAUUGGGAUCAUAAGGUUGAUAUCUGGAGCCUCGGUUGCCUUAUUAUUGAGUUUGUCCAGGGGAUAGUGCCUUUCUCUGGAGUGGCAUCAGAAAACGGUUCGUGGACAGUUGAUGAUGACCGGCUUGCAAGGACCAUCGAAAUACUUGGUAAUUUCUCGCCUGAGCUUCUUCGGAAAGGAAACAGAACUGCGGAGUUUUUUAACACGGAUGGCGGCCUUCUUCGAAUCUCAGAUCUGACAUCGACUAGUCUAGAAAGGCUAAUAGAUGGCGCUGAAAGGCCUUUCCUCAAACCCAACGACAUGUCCGACGCUGAAAUACCCGUCUUCAUCGACUUCCUUCGAGGUAUGCUUACAAUUGACCCGACAUAUCGAAAGUCGGCCGCAGAACUGCUGCAGCAUGAAUGGCUUAAAAUGUGA